UGAUUUCCUUUUAUUCUGCAGUGGACACCACGUGGAUCGCCCGGUGUCCUGGUUUUCUCUUUGGCCGCGCUGGCAAGAGCCAUCCUUACUCCCAAACUGUCCUCACUGCUUUCCUGUAUUCCCUCAGACAUAAACCAACUGCUGAGAGGCUGGUUUGCUCCACGCUGCAGCGCUUCACAAUCAGCCUUUGAUUCAGUCUGUUGAUUUAUUUAGUCUAAUUUGGUUCCAAUACUUUUGUCUGUGACUUGGAUCUAUUUAUUCUCCUUGGCUCUUUUAGGUCACAUCAAUUUGUUGUGUCUCGCCCCCAAUCUCCUAUGCAUUAGCUGAUUCCUGUAGUUGGGUUUUCUGAUAGAGUAGGUAUCACACUUGUCCCUGGAUUCAGGUAUUUAAUCUUAUUAUGACAUAGUCAUUUUCACUCACCAAGUUUUCUACAUUGCUUAAAAAUUUUCAAAUAAGAGUCACUACUGAUUUAUCUCCCAGUGUUCUUCUGGUUUUUUUUUCUUUUGUUUGUUUUGGGAUUUUUGUUACUUUUUUCUUCCUGUUUGGUUUUUAUUAUUAUUAUUUUUAUUUAACCUGGUGAACCCACAGCUCUGUUCUUCGGCACUGCUUAACUGUUUUUUAAUCCAAGUUCCUUUUUAUUUCCUUCUGGUAGCUGAAUAGCAGAUGAUUUAUCUCACGUACCAUUUUAUUUUCUCUAGGGUCUGAGGAUUAUUUAAAAUGCAAGAGAAAAAAAAGAACAUAUUCUGGUUUUAAUUGAAAAGAAUUUCCAAUAUCUAGAGCUCUAGUAUUUACUAAAGUAGGUUAGAAUAAUACUUUUUGAUAAGUCAGAUGCCACAUUUCAGCUACAAUGUACUGUGCAAUUAAAUAAGAUGUCGAAUGUGAGUGAACACAAAUUAGUAAUGCAGUCUUAGUCUGAAGUGUUCAACCAGCUGAAAUGUUGAACUCCUUGUCUUUUAUCUCCUUGUUACAAGGAGAGAUAAGAAACUUCAGUGCAUGGUGUGCUGUCCCAGAGUAAAUGGUGUGCUGUGACUUGGGCUGCAGUGUGACUUUUUAGCAUCCCUUGAUUUGUUCAAAUUGAUGGUUGACUAAAUCCUUUUAUUUUGUGCAGACCUGGUUUGUGUGUGGGUAUAAAGGAAUCUGGCAGUGGUGCACCUUUGGGUGUAGCAGUGGGAAAGAGCUGGGCUUUGGACCUGGCCAGGAGGGAUUUUCAGGAUUGCUCUGUGCCAGGUGGACCUGCUGUGUCUUUUCUGAGGUCUGAGUUGUUGCUGAUAGUUGUCCUUUCCAUCCCUGGAGAAGCCAGAAUGAAAAAAAAAGCUAGACAGUGGGAGACAAAUGAAAAGUGACUUGGUGUCAUUUUGUUCUGCGUGCAGGUGUCAGCAGUGCUGGUUAGCCUAGGCUGCUCGGCAGUUCUUUCCAGCAUUUUCCUUGAUUCUUAACACAGCAAGGGGAGAAGCAAUAGGGUUCCUCCAGUGAGUGUUGGAAAAUGGUUUUCCUACUUCAUCACGUUCAAGUGCCAUUUAAAGUUUCUGCAAAUAUCUCUUUUCCCCAGAGCUAAAAAAUAUCGUCUGUCAGUAGAUGUUGUUGGGUUUUUUACUGUUAUUUUAUGUGCAGUACUACUAUCAUCAUUCAGUGAUGUUUGUUUUCUUUUUUUAGCAGUAUAGGAAAACAUUAGUGGCAGGCAGGGUUUGAUGUCUGGUGCUGGACAUCACCUUCCACCCCCAGAGAUGGGUUUUCUAGGGGGCCUUUGUGUGUGCAGCUCUGCCUCUGCUUGGCCCAUUAAUGGGGGGAAAGGAUGUGCACUCUGCUAAUGAGGAGUCCUGCUAUGCAAACAACAGCCUCUGACGGGAACAAGGGUUCAGGGCAGCACGUGCUUGUGGUAUCAGAACCUGUCUGCCUUCAUCUAAAUUCCCCACACAUCACUUAGGAGAAAUAAAGCAAAUAUAUGAUACAACAAAGAGCCCUAAAAAGACAUAGUGAAACCUAUAAAAAGCAACAGCCAAAGGAUUUUUUGGUCUGAAAGCUGUCCCUGCACAGUAAUUUGCAAGAUAGUUUCCAGUCCCAUCUGCUGUCAGGCACUGCCCUGAUUCAGUGCUGAUUCAGUUCACCUUUCAUAACACCAUGGCUCAGACCCACAGUUGCUUGGGUGUCUAACCAGUGACUCCUGGGUCUCCCCACAUUUCUGUGCAUGUGAGCACUUGUGUUUUGUCAAGAAUCUCCACUGCAGGCAACAUAAUUCUGUCUUUACCUGACAUUCAAAUUGUUUAUCCUUUUGAAAAAAACACCUUACAAAUAGGAUUUCUAGGGGCUGUGCCAUCAGAAUAUGAAAAAGCACUCCUAAGCCAUUAUUGCAGGGCUGGGAAGAAAAUGUGGUGGUUUUAAAGCAAUCUGUUGAUAGGUAUUCUUGGGUGUAUUGAUGGCAUUCCACUCAGUCAGCCAGCUGGCCUCAAAACCUGAGCCAACAGUAGUAUAUGUGUUACAAAACUUUGAGCAGGGCUGUUGCAUGGCAACUGCUUAGCUAACAUUUGUAUUAGUGGAUUCCUUUGAGAAUUUUUGAAGUUUUUCAGUUCUUGAUUGAAGAAAAAAAAAAGAAAGCUUACCAGCAGCUACUCAGUCACCUGCAUUUUAUGUGGAAAUGAAAAAGAGAGGGGUAAUUCCUUACCAAUGGCAGUGAAAUGCAUAUGGAAUGGAAGACAGAUUGUGUAUGAUGUUCUUCAGCUCAGGUGCCACGGGGAGCUGCCAGCAGCUGAAGGAGUGCUGGGCAUGUACUUAAAGCCACAUGGGGCAUUUCUAAUUGAUGAGAUCCACUUUUGCCACCAGUGUUUAUAAAAGAAGAGUGAAAGGCAACAAAGGUUUGUCCCAGCAGCCGUGCCAGCUUUUCUCUGCUGUAGAAGUAUAUCUUCCCUUAAAUGCCUGCUAACAUUUGCAAGACAAGCACACAAAAAGCAGAGUUGUGGUCCCUGGCUGCCUGCCAUUUGAUAACAAAUGCUGCAUUCCUCUUCCAGCACUGCAGCAAUUCAGGCCUGUUGGCAAGGGCACUGCCAAGCCUCUGACCUGGCUGUGCAGUGUCAGGCCUGCAUCACCAUCAUUUUCACUGAUGGUCUGUUAAUUUGGAAGUGGUAUGGAGGACAGCCUGCCUUCAUCUUGGGGAUUGCCAGUUGUGCAGGAGGUGUGUGUGGGUGUCAUCUGGCAUUGUGGCCUGCGUCCUGGGGACAGACUUUAGAAGGACAGGAAGCUGAGAGGGGAUUCUCCUGUCUGGCCAAGUCGUGCUUAAAGCAACAUAGAAGGGUUGCAAGAGGAGAGGGCUGCAAGAAACAAAAGGUUUUAUGCUACUCAGCUGCAAACCCCCAGCCUAGCUAUGACCACAAGUUCCUUUACAGACUUCACCUUAUGCCUUUGGGGACUGCAGUACCUCCUGAGGACCAGAUGGGCCAGCAGAGACAGAGCAGUCCCUGAGAAGGUGCCAAAGGGAACAUCCUUCCACACAUCUACGGCCAGUUAGUGGGGUCAGUUCUAAAUCCUUAGUGUUGGAUGGCUGUACACUUGCAAUGAUUGCAGCCAUUAGGGCUUGAAUCAUUCCCCUCCUGUUCCCUGGCUCUGAGUGAACUGAAUCCAAUAAGUUCCUGAGCAGCCUCUCAGCAAGUGUGUGCUUAUCACUAAGCCUGCAUAGAAGUGGACGUCACCAAACCGACAUUAUUGGGUCCCAGUGUGCAGCUGAAUCAGGAUUAUAGACUUCCAGUGUUGCUGUGAUAUGAACUGAUUGUGAUGAGCAUUUAUGAUGUUAGUUAAUGGACAAAUUUUGUUAAUUGCCCUUGGGAGUAUUUUUGUUACAUUCCCAUCUGAAUUACAUUCCCAUCUUUCCACUGUAACUUACUAAGGAGUUUCAGUACUGGUUUGAUCUCAGGGAUUCAGUUACACAGUAUGCUGUAGGCUUUAAUAUCAGUUGCUUUGCCUGUACAUGCUCGUGUGUUAGCUGAUUUUUCAGAGGACAUGAUGAUGUAAGCCUACGCAUCUGAGGUGAAGAUAAAGCCCUUGAUCUGGCUGUAGUUUUGGUUGCCUAAACCACUUUAGGAACUUGCAUUCAAAACAUAGUAGAUUUAAAAUUGCAGUGAGUAUGCACAAAAAUAUUUCAAAGCAUUCCUGAAACCACUAUGAAUAAAAUGGAAGUGAAUGAAACUUGAUAGCUAAAAAGGUAUGUGAAGUUUGAAUGCAAGACAAGCAUUUCAGCCAGACCUUUGAGAUCAAGGCUUAUGUGUGUGAUGCUGAACAUCUCUAUGUACAGAAUGGGCUGAUUUUCAAGGAUGCAGAAGGCCUCACUGACCCAUCAGAGAUGGCUGGAGUCAACAGGGAGAGGGAUUUGCCUGCCUGCAUGGAUGGCAUUGCAGGCUCUCCCUUCCUCCCUUCCAGGAGCUGUGUAGUGGCAGCAUGAGCAUCCCUCUUCUGAGGUGGGGUGUCAGUAGCUGGGAGCUUCUGUGCCACGUCUGGGGUUCCAUUUUCAGAGGAGGCUCUUUCACUUGCUCUCCCAGGGUGAGGGCUGUGAUGUGCAGAGGCUGAGCUGGCCGUGCUGUUUUGCAGGAGGAUGAUUCCCGUGACCGAGUUCCGGCAGUUCUCGGAGCAGCAGCCGGCGUUCCGCGUGCUGAAGCCCUGGUGGGAUGUGUUCACCGACUACCUCUCGGUGGCCAUGCUGAUGAUCGGCGUCUUCGGCUGCACCUUGCAGGUCAUGCAAGACAAGAUAAUAUGCCUUCCAAAGCGCGUCCAGCCUUGCCAGAACCAAUCUAAUAGUUCAAAUGUGCUUAGCACAAUGCCAGACACCACCCCCCUUCCCCCACCAAGGCCAUCCACCCCUCCAGCUACAGUUGAAAUGAAGGGACUCAAGACUGACUUGGACCUUCAGCAAUACAGCUUUAUAAAUCAGGUGUGCUAUGAACGGGCUCUGCACUGGUAUGCCAAGUACUUCCCUUACCUUGUCCUUAUACACACACUGGUCUUCAUGCUGUGUAGUAACUUCUGGUUCAAAUUCCCUGGAUCAAGCUCCAAAAUUGAACACUUCAUUUCAAUACUUGGGAAAUGUUUUGAUUCCCCCUGGACAACGAGAGCUUUAUCUGAAGUGUCAGGGGAAGACUCUGAAGAGAAGGAUAACAGGAAGAACAACAUUAACAAGUCUAAUACUACUCAGCCAAGCACUGAAGGCACUUUGGUCAAGACACAGUCUUUAAAAUCAAUCCCUGAGAAGUUAGUUGUGGAUAAGGGAUCACCUGGGGCAUUAGAUAAAAAAGAAGGUGAACAGGCCAAAGCACUGUUUGAAAAGGUGAAGAAAUUUCGACUGCAUGUUGAGGAGGGUGAUAUACUCUAUGUCAUGUACGUUCGCCAGACUGUACUUAAGGUAAUUAAAUUCCUUAUUAUUAUUGCUUACAACACAGCACUUGUCUCAGAAGUUAAUUUUACAGUUGUCUGUAAUGUUGAUAUUGAAGACAUGACAGGAUACAAGAACUUUUGCUGUAAUCACACGAUGGCACAUCUGUUCUCUAAACUUUCUUACUGCUACCUGUGCUUUGUAAGCAUCUAUGGCCUGACAUGCCUUUAUACACUGUACUGGUUGUUCUACCGUUCCCUGAAGGAAUAUUCGUUUGAGUACGUCCGGCAGGAGACAGGAAUCGAUGACAUCCCAGAUGUCAAGAACGACUUUGCCUUCAUGCUUCAUAUGAUCGAUCAGUACGAUCCUCUCUACUCCAAGCGCUUUGCUGUCUUCCUGUCUGAAGUCAGUGAAAAUAAGCUGAAGCAGCUGAACCUAAACAAUGAGUGGACUGCAGAUAAACUGCGACAGAGGCUGCAGACAAACUCCCACAGCCAUUUGGAGCUACAGCUUUUCAUGCUUUCCGGACUACCAGACACAGUGUUUGAAAUUACUGAGCUGCAGUCUUUAAAACUUGAAAUAAUUAAUAAUGUAAUGAUACCAGCAACCAUUGCACAGUUGGACAAUCUCCAGGAGCUCUCAUUGCACCAGUGCUCUGUGAAGAUCCACAGUGCUGCCUUGGCUUUUCUGAAGGAGAAUCUCAAAAUCUUGAGCGUCAAGUUUGAUGACAUCAGAGAACUUCCACACUGGAUGUAUGGCCUCAGAAAUUUGGAAGAACUCUAUUUAAUUGGCUCCCUAAGUCAUGAUAUUUCUAAAAACAUUACACUGGAGUCUUUUCGGGAACUUAAAAGCCUAAAAGUUCUACACAUAAAAAGUAAUUUGUCCAAAAUCCCACAAUCUGCAGUUGAUGUUUCAAGUCACCUGCAGAAAUUGUGUAUCCAUAAUGAUGGCACUAAGUUAGUGAUGCUCAACAACCUGAAGAAAAUGGUCAACCUGACACAGCUGGAAUUGGUUCAUUGUGAUUUAGAGCGCAUACCUCAUGCAGUCUUCAGCCUUCUCAGUCUUCAGGAAUUGGAUCUAAAGGAAAACAACCUCAAAUCCAUUGAAGAAAUAGUAAGUUUUCAACAUCUGCGAAAGCUGACCAUUCUAAAGCUGUGGUACAACAGUAUAACCUACAUCCCAGAGCAUAUAAAGAAACUCACCAGUCUAGAGCGGCUUUCCUUCAGCCAUAACAAAAUAGAGGUUCUUCCGUCCCACCUGUUCCUAUGCAACAAAAUCAGAUACUUGGAUUUGUCUUACAAUGACAUUCGCUUUAUCCCACCUGAAAUAGGAGUUCUUCAGAGUUUACAGUACUUUUCCAUCACUUGCAACAAAGUGGAGAGUGUGCCAGACGAACUGUACUUUUGCAAAAAACUGAAGACUCUGAAAAUUGGGAAAAAUAACUUGUCAGUCCUUUCACCUAAAAUUGGUAAUUUGACAUUGCUCUCCUACUUGGAUAUUAAAGGCAAUCACUUUGAAAUCCUCCCGCCUGAGCUCGGUGAGUGUAGAGCUCUGAAGAGGACUGGUUUCACUGUAGAGGACAACUUGUUUGAAACUUUGCCUUCUGAUGUCAGGGAGCAAAUGAAAGCUGAAUAACUUCUUCUUGCUUGGUUUUACAGAAAUAACACUGCUACCAAAAACUCUCUAGAGAAUGCAUACUCUGAUUAUGCAUUUAAUUUGUCAUUAUUUUUUUCUUUUUCAAAUCCUUUCUGUACAAACAAAUUUGGAGUAAGGAGUACAUAUAUUUUUAAAUAAAAUUUUCUCAUAUUUUUUCACUGUUUUAAGAUAUUUUUAGUUUGUUUUGCCCUGAGAACAAGGGCAUCUGUAACUUAAUUUUUACUGGUAAAAGUAAAUGAUUUUGUCUGUUUUUCUUUCCAUUUCCUGAUCCCACUAGGGAAACUGUGUUUAAGAUGUAUGCUUUGGGUUGCAUAGUUUGUAAGAGAUCAUUAUAUUAUCUUCCUAGUUAUUGUUAAUCCCUUAGGACAUGGUCUUCAACAGGUGGUGCUGCAGGUGUUGAAUGCCUUUGUUUCCUCUUUUCUUCAGUGGCAGUAGAAGGUGUUCAACAUCUAACAAGAUCAAACCUAGGCUGACAAUCCCUUUUUACUUACCACAGGGUUUUCUCAGAUGGUCAAAGCAAGUGGAAAAGGUUCUUUAUGUAUUUUAACAGGUGAGAGGUAGCAUGCAGAACUCCUUCAGGGCCUGUUGGCCAUUCACACAGUGCACUGAGCAGGAGGCACUCACUGUGAUUUCCUCUUUGGUGCAGGAAGAGUAAGGUCACAGUUCACAGUGGAAUCAGGACCAAAGUGACUCAUGUAAAGGUUUUCCUAACAGUGCAAAGGGAUGUGGCUGCCCAUUUCCUACUAACUUGAGUGGAAUGGGUGCACUGAACUCACUAUCUUGGAAAUGUCAACUCAGCAAGAUGAAAUGCUGUCUUGAAAAACCCCAUCGUCCCUUAAACACCAGUGCUGCAAGAGAGAAAGUGCCCUCUGCCCCCUCAGCCCACUUCCCCCCACAUUGCUUGGCACCUUCUAGGAAUGGGAUCCAGAAAAAGUGCAAUCAUGCUUCGUUUGUAAAGCUUCUGACAGGGAAAUAGCCUCUAAUAUGCUCCUUGAUUUAGCCUGGGUAGCAUAAAACCAAGCUCAGCACAGGAACAUUUGCAGAUUUGCAAAAAUGAGAUUAAAUGAAUACAUUAAUUUCUCACAAGUCUCAGCCUACCCAGCAUAUCCAAGGACAGUGAUGAAGGCUAUGUUUUCAUCUCCCUAAGAGUAACUAAAUUGGAAAUCAUACAGUUGGAAGUUUGCUUUGUAAAAUAAUGUAAUCUCCGAUGUGCCUCAUGUUGGGAACUUUAUCCUCGGAAGCCAUGUUCAGCUGUUUAUUUAAUCCAGCCAUUUGAUUUCUUUUAGUCGGGUUUUAAAGAGAUGUGCUGCUCACAAGCUAAUUUAAGCUAAUCAAAAGUAGUAAAAUAUUUUGCUGGGAGGAGCUCUCUGCAUCGUAUCCAACACAUAUUUGAGUCAGAUGCAGGCACUCAGUAAAUGUUUUGCAAGAAUAUCUGGGAAUAAGUCCUUAUUUCACUAGGAGAUAAUACUGUUCAUAAAUUGCAGAGGUUCAAUUGCAGUUUGUUCAAAUUUAUGUAAAAUAUUUGACAGUUGUCAGAUUGGUUGCUCUUAAAUGUUUUCUAACUGCCAUUGUGUGUCUUGAGCUACAGUUAGUCUGAGUUCUUGAGCUUGGUACAAAAGCAUACAGUUGGUUUAAGUGUAUGACUUACAAAGGUGGGGAGACAAACUGCAAUGAGACCUUCCUCAUUAAUCCAGGGUGUGCUAUGCAAUUUGGUGUGAGCUUGCCACAGUACCAGGUCAGACUUAUUUUUUGCGCUUGGCUGUGUUCUGGAGAAGAUCCAGAUUAAUCAAAAAUGGGUCAGGCAUGAAGGAAUCAAAUCAAGCUUUUUUAAAGGGGUUUGAUUUAGUUCUAUUUAAGACUUGUAAUUGAUGUAGCUAUUGUAAGAGCUACCCUUACUUGUGUGUGGAAUGCACUUACUGGAACAGCUUGGCAGUAUAUAUAUUCUAAAUAUAUUUCACUAUGAUGUUAUGUGAGGAAGAGAAACAUUUCAUUGGUCAUAUUAACCUAAUUAUGUAAACCAAAGUGCUGUUGUCCCUGAUGAAUGUAAACUGUUUGAAAUGUCCAGGUAAUUGGUGGAGCUGUAUAGUUCUCUUAGUUAGAUUUUAAAUACAGGAUUACAUUUAAAGGUUUUUUUUAAGUCUUUAUAUUCCUUGAUGUAGCAUUUUAAACCCCUAAUUUAUUUUGUGUGUAAUAUUGUUUCAUGUGUAGUUUGUGGUCUUGUUUCUGAAUGGAAGUUAUGCACAUCUCAUAACUGAAAGUUGGAGACAUGUUCUAUGCCAUUUUUGUAAAUACAUCACUUAGGGGAUGUGGGGUUUUCUUUGUAACUGAUUAUAUUUAUACCAGUGCAACCCCUCAUGUGGACACAGUUACAGAGUAUAAAGUGCCUUGUGCUGGCAUAUCUUUAUUCACUGUGCAAGGAAUAAACUAUACCAGUCUAAGCACUUUGACACUAAUAACUGUAUCUUCUCCAAGGGUUUGGUCAGCUGAGAAGACAUCCUCAGUCUGACAGCUCACUGUCACCAAAAAGGGGCAGCUUCCUCCUCCUCCCAUGCUCCCUAUUCCUGCCAACAUCUUCCAGCUGCUUCUCAUGUACCUUUACAGGUCUAGUGCUGGUCUGAUCCCUCCACAGGAUAAAUGAGCUUUUUAAGCCAGCAGAAAACUAUGCCAGUCUAAAAAAGGGACUCAUUUUCUGCUGGAUCAGCUCUCUAAAGGAUUGGAUGGGCACUAGGAUGGGAGUAACAAGGGGACAGGACUCUCAGCUGAGGCCUGUACAAGAAGUCAGGGCAAGUCCCUUUGGAGAUGCUAGGUCAGUUCAUCAUCUUGCCAAGCCGUGUGCUUGGAGAACUGUGCUGUUUUAUGUGUAGCAGGGUGAGGCAGCUUGGCUUUUGUGAGUAGACAACCCUCAGGCUCACAGUGGACGAUAAAAUAUCACAUUACUGUUAAUUUUGUAAUGAAACAAACUCAGGUAGCUGCACUGUUGAAUUUUCUAAACCUCUUACUGUCUAUUCUGGGAUGUAUUUUCCAAACCCAUAUUACAGUAACUUAGGAAUGAGUCAGCUGAGGGAAGAUUGUUUUCUAAUUGUCUAUAACAUCCAGGAAAAUAUGUAAAAGUGCCAUAUUUACUCAGUGAAUUAUGUACUGCUCAUAUGUAUAUUCACGUGCAAUUCAUACUAGACUUUCUGUGACCAAUAGUAUUUGACUUAGAGUGGAUGGACAUUUUGUGGACAAUACUUUAGCAUGGUUUAUAUAUAUACAAAGAGUUUCUAUAACUACUUAUAUUAAUCAGGUGCCUAACAAGUAUGACAGUUCCAGAAUUUAAGCAAGGCAUUUUUCCAUUAUUGUUCAAAAAUAAUAAAAAUCUUCCUUGGUAACAGAAUUAGAGAUGACAAAGAUUGCAUCAAAAGUAAGAAGACAACCUUCAUAGCACAUUGAGCCUGACAGGCAAAUCUACUUUGUGAUCAAAAUCUGGAGAUGUUAAUCUCCCCCUUUGUCAAAAUUAGAAUGGUUAUUUGUGCUGACCUCGUGCAUCCAGCCAGCCCAACAACUUUUGCAAAUUCUGAUUGGAAAAUGCCUGCUCCAAGUCUUAUAUCACUUUUCUGGCACGUCAGUAAUUCAUGUGCUUAAGUGGUGACAAGUCCUGCAGGAAUGCCAAGAAAAAAGUUUGAAAUUUGACCAAAUGGACAAACUUAAUUCUGUAGCAAGAAUCUUAAUAUCAUAAUAGACCUGCAUAGUGUUACAUUGCAAUAUAGUACACCCAGAAAAAACAGAAAUAAAAUGCUCUUUUGUAAUAAUGAC